AUGGAAAUGUUUGCUGCCAAUUUCUUGGCCGGAGGUCCGGCGGCAUUCGUCCGCCGCUCGGAUUUCGGCAAAGACUUUGUCUUUGGUUCAGCUACUGCUGCUUUCCAGAUUGAAGGCGCUCUAGAAAAAGGGUCAAGAGGAGAUUCCAUUUGGGAUAAGUUUGCCAAAGACAAUGACUUAUUUAAACCAUACCACGAAGAUGCUGUAAAUCACUACGAGAAGUUCGAGGAGGAUGUGAAACUGAUGAAGGAGAUCGGGUUUGACGCUUACAGAUUUUCCAUCUCAUGGCCCAGAAUUCUUCCAACUGGAAAAUUAGAGUCGAAAAACAAAGAAGGGAUUGACUACUACAAGAAGCUGAUUAAAACCCUCAAAGACAACGGCAUUGAGCCAUAUGUGACACUUUUCCAUUGGGAUCUUCCUCACGCUUUGCAAGAGGAAUACAAUGGCUUUUUGGAUCGUAGAGUUGCGGAUGAUUUCGGCGUAUACGCUGAUGUUUGCUUCCAGGAGUUUGGAAAAGAUGUUGAUUAUUGGAUAACAUUGAAUGAACCAUUUACUUAUGCCUAUUCAGCUCACGUGGAUAAAGUCCAUGCUCCCGGGUUGGGAACCGUGACCCAACAACUCUUUGCCACCGGCACCAACACCGAAGGCGGAGCACCGGCAGCAACUACCACCGAAGAAUCUGCUGAUUCCGUGAUGGUUUUCAAGCCAACCACAUCUUGGGCAUCCGAAGCUGAGUUCCUUGACCCGUUUGCAUACCCAUACAUUGUCACCCACAACUUGCUCCUUGCUCACGCUAAGGCUGUGGAGAUCUUCAAGAAUAAAUACCAGGACCCUGCUAAGAAGAAGAAGAUUGGAAUCACUUUGGUGUCUAUGUGGUUUGAGCCCCGCAAUCCUGAUGAUGAGAAGGACAAAGCCGCUGCCCUGCGAGCCCUUGAUUUCUUCAUUGGAUGGUACCUGGACCCAUUGGUUCAUGGAGAUUACCCCAAGAGCAUGAGGGAAUAUGUGAACCCGGACCAUCUCCCCAAAAUGGAUGCUGCAGACCGGGAAGCCAUUCAAGGCAGCUAUGAUUUCAUUGGUGUCAAUUACUACACUGCCAGAUAUUGCCUCAAGUACUAUGGGUCACGCAAGGAGAAUGGAGUAGAGGUUCCCAUCGGCAAAGAUACGGGUGCUUCUGCAUGGCUGAUUUCAUAUCCUAAAGGAAUUGAGGGACUUUUGCUUCACAUCAAAAACAAUUACAAGGAUCCACUUAUCUACAUCACUGAAAAUGGAAUUGAUGAUCAUGAUGAUGAUUCAUCAAGGCAUUGGGACUCAUUCUUUGAUGAGAAGAGGGUGAGGCACAUUCAUGAUCACCUCAACUAUCUCUUGGAAGCCAAACGCAAAGGAGUGAAUGUGAAGGGAUACUUUGUGUGGUCAUUGCUGGAUAACUUCGAGUGGAACAAUGGAUUCCAUGCUCGAUUCGGGCUCAUCUAUGUUGACUACAAGAACAACUCACAGAGGCAUCCCAAGCUCUCCGCUGCCUGGCUCAAGCAAUUCCUUGCUGACAAGUGA